CAGGCCAGGAUGCUGAGCCUGCUGGUGUUGGCGCUGCCCGUCCUGGGGAGCCUGGUCCACGCGGCCCCUGCCCCAGGCCGGGCCCUGGAGCGAGCAGGGAUCGUGGGGGGCUAUGAGGCACAUCGGAGGAGCUGGCUCUGGCAGGUGAGCCUGAGAUCCCCCGGCCAGUACUGGCAGCACUUCUGCGGGGGCUCCCUCAUCCACCCCCAGUGGGUGCUGACGGCGGCGCACUGCGUGGGACCAAAAUUCCGGAACCUGGCAGACAUCAGGGUGCAGCUGCAUGAGCAGCACCUCUAUUACCGCGACAGACUGCUGCCCGUCAGCAGGAUCAUCCCCCACCCCAACUACUUCACCGUCUGGGACGGGGCGGACAUCGCCCUGCUGGAGCUGGAGGUCCCCGUGAACAUGUCCCACCAGGUCCACACGAUCACCCUGCCCCAGGCCUCGGAGACCUUCCCCCCAGGGUCGCGGUGCUGGGUGACAGGCUGGGGUGCCGUGGCAUAUGGUGUGCCCCUGCCACCGCCGUAUACCCUGAAGGAGGUGGAAGUCCCCAUAGUGCCAAACCACAUCUGUGACGCCCAGUACCACACUGGCAUCUACACAGCAGACAACAUUCGCAUUGUCCAGGACGACAUGUUGUGUGCCGGGAACGAAUAUGGCAACUUCUGCCAGGGCGACUCCGGAGGGCCCCUGGCCUGCUGGGUGAACGGCACCUGGGUGCAGGCGGGCGUGGUCAGCUGGGGCGAUGGCUGCACUCAGCCCAACCGGCCCGGCAUUUACACCCGCGUCACCUACUACUUGGACUGGAUCCACCGCUACGUCCCCAUGGAGCCCUGAGCCAGGUCCCCAGGGCUGCCAGCCAGGUCACUGGAAAAGCCAGCACCCUCCUGUCCCCAACAUUGCUGCUUCCUACCCAGGUGGGGUCCACCCCCAGCACAGCUUCCCGUCCUCUGGUCCUGAGCCCUGUCACCUGUCCGGAGCCUCCUCCCCUGUCCCACCCGAGCCCCUCCCCCAUGCUAACCUCCCUCCCCCAUCUGGAGCCCCUUCCCCUCUGGCCCCUCCGUCCCUCCCCCACCCACACGCUAAUUGUCCCACACAUUGUGUCUCAUUAAAGUGCGUG